AUAGGAGGACGAGAAGACGGUCAGUUGUAGUCUGUAUACGGUACAACAGGAUAUACCUCUUUGGAAUGUCCGACAUUUCUAGCUACAUUUUAGCUUAGCCUUUUGGCUAGAAGUAAGUAAACAACACUUCGACACUAACUUUCUGAAACAAUAGCUAGAUCAUUUUGAAACACCAGACCCGUCACCUGGUGAAUAUUUGUGUUUCUACAUCUUAAAGGGAGUAUGGAUCACUGUCUCAGACCAGAUGUCAAUUUCCACAGCCUCAAAGACCUGCAAUAUGGAGCUUGUCAUGACAGUGGAUACCUGGACAGUGGUUACAGCUCUAAAAUUGAGAGUGGAGAUGAUUUUAACCUCUCAAAGUGUUUUUCUUCAGAUGGUUUUCAUGAAACGCCUAAAGAGAACGUUUCACAGAAAUGCGAACCUCUGUCACCCAGAAAGAACAGACAAAAAGAGGCCGUCAGAAGUCCACAGAAAGACAUUCUGAAGGAGCAGCCUUUACAGAACGGCUGGUGUGAAACUCCUAAAGUAUCCAGGAGAGAUCCGUUCCCGAGACGACGUCUCCUCAUGUCUAAAUCUGCCCCAGAGGGUAAAACUGCAGACGAUACAGAAACACCAUGCACUAAAAGGUCUGACUCGUCAGCGAAUGGGAGAACUGAACACGGCUCAAAUGGGGUCUUUGACUCACCAGAUGCCUUUACUGUUGGCGCUUUGGCUACGAGCACUUUAAAACCAGAAGAUGUGCUUCUCUCCGGCAGGAAACUGCGCCUCCUCUUCUCUCUUGUAAAAACCUCAACACUUGAAGAUGGUAAAUGCAACACGAACAACGUCGCUCUCUUUGAGAGAAAGGCGUCCGAUACGUCGCUCUCGGAUGCAGACCUGGAAGAGAGCAUCGUCCCCUCAGACCUCCUUACCACUGAGAUGCUGGAGACCCCACGCUAUAGCAGAUUAACACCCUCGGUGAAAGAUAAUUUCCAAACUCCAAUCGACAACGACGUAGCAGCUAACCUCUCGGACAGCCCGAGUGUCCUGAGCACCCCUACUCCUAAACACCACUUUGACACCCCGUCCUCCACCCCUACUCAUAAACACUAUGACCGCUUUGUGUCUGACGACAGCGGCUUCAGCUCCUUGGCUCUGGAUAAAUCCCAGGACUCCACGGUAGACAAUGAUGGUUCCUUCCAGGAGCUGCUGCUGUUGUCAUCGGGUAGCUCCAGGUGCAAGGAGACCCCCAGCAGGCUGGCUGAGAUGAAGAGGAGGUCCAGACUGGAGCGCCAGCGUCGCCUGUCCACUCUCCGAGAGGGCGGUUCCCAGUCUGAGGGGGACCGGGACGUGAGGAACCUGGCAGCCCACAGAACUCAUCGCAGAGAGAAGAACCUGAUAUCCCAGGGACAUCUGGAGCGCAGCAUCUUCAACGAGGAUGACGACAGUGACGUCUUCCCGGAUGUGACGCCGCCGAAAACAACCACCGCUAAACUAGAGGACCUGUCCUUCACGCCGGCCCUGCAGAUGGUCCAGGCCCUGUCCCAGAGGACAUCCAGGAUGUUGCUGGAGCACACCAGUCUGGAGGAACUGCUGAGGGUCUCUGAGAAGGAGGCCUUCAGGACCACCAUGCCUCUGGCUGGGCUGAUCGGCAGGAAGAUGGGCCUGGGGAAGAUAGACAUCUUUACUGAGCUGAAGAAGAAGAAUCUCAGACACAUCCUGGCUAAGAUCCUCAAUCAGCUGUCCUCUGAAGAUGUCUAUAGGGUUGGUCAGGUGUCCCGUAGCUGGAAUGAGGUCAUAGUUCAGGACAAGGUGUCCAGCCGCAGGAGGAGACACUACCUGAUGGACGUCAAGGCAGCUCUGGAGCUUGGCAGCGCAGUCCAUGUCCCAGAUGCAGAGACCAGGUUGACCCUGCUGAGCCGGUCUGCCCUGAAGUCAGUCCAGGCCCAGUCCGGGACCCCCAGGACCAGCGUCCGUGGUACCCCCCAGUCAGGAACGGGCACUGUAACCCCCGUCCAGCACAACUCAGCCAGCAAACAGGACCUGUUCAUACAGGUGGCCAAAACCCUUUUCGUUGACGAAUGUCUGAAGUCCUGCCCUCGAUGCCGGCACCCCGCUAGGUGUCACUCGGUAAAGAUGGAGGGCGUGUGUAGCGGCGUUGACUGCGGCUUCCGGUUCUGUACCGGCUGUCUUUGUACCUUCCACGGGUCCAGAGAAUGCGCUAGCCUGUCGGCCAAGCGACGCAGCGGGAAGGACGUUCUUCCCGGGAGCGCUCGGAGUAAACGCAAUGUCAGGAGAUUGUGAAUGUGUUUUAUUUUUAUGUGUAUUUGCUAUUAUUUGUACUUCCUGUUCCCCUCUUUUAGAUUUGUUUUAGCUUGAAUGUAUUUUUUAAAUUAUGUGUCGGCGAGGAGCACUGCCAGUAGAAUCAGAGAUGAAAUGGCUACUGAAUGCUGGCCUCCUCCUGAGCUAAUUCAUUGAUGUACAAGAAUGUUGUUUCUCUUCUCAACUGGAUUUUUCAUGGGGUUUUUAUAUGAACGUUUCUGUAAACUACUGUAUAUUGUCUACAUUUACACAUUUAAUUUUAAUAAAGUUAUACUUUUUACAUA